CUGACCUGGCUGCUAUUAUUUGUUCAAAGUUAAACUCAGAGGCUGCUUCUUCUUCUUGAACUCGUUUUUCUUUUGAUUUUGUCUUAGUUGGAAGGUGAAGGGAUAAACCAUGUCAAUGGUUAUGGAACAGUAACUAUGUUUUUGAAGACCACUUCCAUGAUUUAAUACCUCCUCGUUUUCACUUUGUGGAAAGAGAUAAGAUGGUCAGACAACUUACAUGAUUUAAUACCUCCUCAUAAGUAGUUGUUAUUAAGAAUCUUUCUUCAAAGGAAAAACAACAAGUUCCUCACGCUACUCCUCUGCCGUGCCUGAAUACAUAGCCCAUUCCUAUUGUUUCUCCUUGGAUCGUUCCCGAUUCGACAUGAGCUGCCUUUCUGUUGUUUCUUCUUUUGUUCUCUUUAUUGUUUGUUGCAGUUCUUUGAUUCAAGCUCAGCAACCAUAUGUAGGGAAAGCUACGACAAAUUGUUCCAACACGGAAAAUUCUGCUCUUGGGUAUUCUUGCAACGCCCUAAACAAGAGCUGCCAAGCUUAUCUCAUCUUCAGAUCCCAGCCUCCUUACAACACUGUUGCCUCCAUAUCUACCCUUUUGGGAUCUGACCCAUCUCAGCUCUCUGAAGUAAAUUCAGUUUCUGAGACCACAUCAUUCCCAUCAAACCAGUUGGUGAUAGUUCCAGUAAACUGCUCAUGUUCAGGCGAGUACUCUCAGGCAAACGCAUCUUAUAUUGUUCAACCGAACGAUACUCUUUUCUUGAUUGCUAAUAACACCUAUCAAGGCCUCUCAACCUGUCAAGCUCUCCAGAAUCAAAAAACUACGCGAACUGACGAUAUACUUAGCGGUGAAACACUCACUGUUCCUCUUAGAUGUGCCUGUCCCACAAAGAACCAGAGUGAUUUAGGUAUAAGGUAUCUCUUAAGUUACUUAGUCACACCGGGAGAUGACGUUCCAGCUAUUAGUGAACAAUUUGGCGCAGCUACUGGGAGAACUCUCGAGGCUAAUGGACUCCCUGAGCAAAAUCCCACCAUUUUUCCCUUCACAACACUCCUAAUUCCUUUACAAAGCACGCCAACAAGUUCUCAAACUGUAGUGCCACCACCACCUCCAGCUUCAUCUUCACCACCAUCACCAUCUCCAAACCCUGAAAAAAGCUCAAAGAAAACAUGGCUUUAUGUUGUGGUUGGGGUUGUUGGAGGAAUUGCUCUUACAAUAGUCAUUGGAACCAUUAUUUUCUUCAUGUUGUCCCGUAAAAGUAAGAAGCAACCCGGUCCAGUUAUCGAAUCGCAAAGCUUUGAGGCACAUGAGAAACCACUCAACAAGAAGUUGGAUGAAGAAUCUCAGGAGUUUUUCGAGAGUAUAUCCGCUAUAGCUCAAUCCAUCAAAGUCUACAAGUUUGAAGAUCUGAAAGCUGCAACUGAUAACUUCAGUCCUAGCUGUUGGAUCAAAGGGUCUGUUUAUCGUGGCCUAAUCAAUGGUGACUUUGCUGCCAUUAAGAAGAUGAAUGGAGACGUGUCUAAAGAGAUAGAAUUGUUGAAUAAGAUCAACCAUUCUAAUCUAAUUCGCCUCUCCGGUGUUUGUUUCAAUGAUGGUCAUUGGUACCUGGUUUACGAGUAUGUUGCUAGUGGACAAUUGAGUGAUUGGAUUUAUGAUAGAAGCAAUGAAGGGAAGUUUUUAAAUUGGACAAAAAGAAUACAGAUUGCUUCCGAUGUCGCCACGGGACUUAAUUAUCUACAUAGUUUCACUAACUAUCCGCAUGUCCACAAGGAUAUAAAGAGCAGCAACAUUCUUCUUGACAGUGAUUUAAGGGCUAAAAUUGCAAACUUUUCCCUGGCAAGGUCAACAGGUGACCAGGAUGAUGAAUUUGUUUUGACAAGGCACAUUGUUGGGACAAAAGGUUACAUGGCUCCUGAGUACUUGGAAAAUGGAGUUGUCUCCUCAAAGCUUGAUGUCUAUGCAUUUGGGAUUCUCACUCUGGAGAUAAUUACCGGGAAAGAAGUUGCUGCUUUACACAGUGAGGAAAGCAGGAACUUAUCAGAUGUUUUAAAUGGUGCUCUAUCUGAGGUAGAUGGGCAGGAGGAGAGUUUGAAGCAACUCAUUGAUCCUUCACUGCAUGAGAACUAUCCUUCAGGACUUGCUGUUUUAGUGGUCAGAUUGAUUGAUAGUUGCUUAAACAAAAACCCAGGAGAUCGCCCGACCAUGGAUGAAAUCGUGCAGUCUCUCUCAAGAAUUUUGACUACUUCGCUGGCCUGGGAAUUGUCUAGCAAUGUAUCUGGCUACCAUAUCUCUAGUUAGAGACCUAAGUGAAUUCUUUCAUCAAUUACUCUUUCGUUUUUUCAACGUUUUGGUCACCAUUCAUUUCUAGUUUCCAUUUGUAAAGAUGAGAUGUAUUACAAAGUAGGAGCCGCAAUUAUUAUAUUUUUCAGCGUAGCGACACUUGAAAUCAUUAGUCUCUAAAUUCUA